AGGCAUACGCACCAUGACGGACUCUCUUUCGCUUGUCUUCAUAACGGCAACCAAUCGGCUUCUUCCCGAUGAUAAGCAUGCCAGGAAGCAGAUCCGAAAGCAGGCCAUGAGCAGAUGUGCCCAUGACAGGCGGAAACGAGGCGGAUAUGGGCAACACAAUCUGAUACAGUAUCCCGUUGGGAUGCUGCAAGACGAGGACAGCAGAGAAAGGGAUGCGUCGAGAAAGAGUGCCAGUGUUUUCGUGAAUCCUGCCAUUUCAGCGAACCUCGCAAGUUGUCAUUACGAGAAGAUGAGGAUGCGAUACAACUUUGACCUUCUCGACUUGUCUCAGUUGACUUCCUUCCACAUCAGCUACGCGACGGCAAGCCGCCUGGCAAACAAACCCACCAUGCUGACCGAGGUCCUGGGCGAUCGGCAUUGGUCGUAUCUGAGCUAUCUGCCGAGUCGGCUUGGCCAUAACAGCGCUUUGGACAAAGCCGCCGCAUGUGUGGCUGCUCGAGCACAGCAAUGGCUUACUUCUCCUUCUGAACCAGUGUCUUGCGGCAUUCUAAAGCUCUACUCGAGUGCCCUGAAGGCCCUGCAGGCCGAGUUACAGAAUCCUAAAGCAUGUCUUCAGCCGGAUGUGCUGUGUGCUACAGCGUUACUUGGGGUAUACGAGCUCCUGAAGAUGUCGACCGAAGAUGCCUGGAACUAUCACUCCACAGGAGCAGGUGCGUUGAUAAAGCUCCGUGGCCCUGGCCGCUGCGAGAGCGACUUUGAGAAAGCAUUGCUCCUAUCCCAUGUUGGCCAAAUCUUUCACGAGGCCCUCAAUGCCAACGAGGGCUGCUUCUUAGCCGACGACGCUUGGCAGGCAGCAUUGUUCUCCAUCCCCACAGACGAUAGCCUCUUCUCCGAUCGGAGUGAGCCGAUUGUCUCCCUUUUGACCAACGUAUGCCACGUUCCCGAGUAUUUCCAGAAGACUUCGGAAAUCGUCUGCAUCACUCGGGACAAUACCCCAGACUCCCUAGUCGAGCACGUUGAGAGCAAACUGUAUCACCUGCGUCAGUCGAUUCUGCUCUGGCAUGAGAAGUACUUCGGGCCAAACACAGCGGAUUGUGCCACCAUGCGUAUAAACCAAGAUAGGCAGCAUGAAGCGCUUGGUUUCAGUUUCGCAGUGUCCAUUCUUCUGAACCGCUUGCUCUUCUGCUUGGAUCCGGUACGAAAUGCCUCUUGUGAGGAGACGGCAGAGGAAUUUGCUUCCAAGAUACUGCUCAUUGAAAAGGAGGGGCUGUCGACUGCUUCCCAAGCAGAGCUUUUUAUGGCGAUCAAGCUCGGCGUUGCGAGAACGACACUUACCACGGCAGCUAGAUGGCGGGAAUGGUAUAUGGAGAGCACACAACCUGAAUCCCCAAGUGCAUCACAUAUUCUGCCAAGUGUGAUCUUUGUCGACUGGUGCCAGAGAAUGGGAUGGAAGAUUCCUCGACCAGUUUCGAGAGAGUGA